AAUAGGUCAAUAGAAAUGUCAGAUUUAGUUCUUUUGUUAUAUUUCCUUUUAAAAAAUUUUAAAACCCACAAAUAAACUUAAAUAUUAAGUGUAUAAUCUAACAGAAUGUAUCAAAUUACUUUUGUAUGUUUCAGUCACACGCUCUUUCGAUUCCAUUAAAUUAACCUCAAAUAUCAGAAAAUGGCUAGCAAUAUUCCAGAUUUUAACUAUUGCUGUGAAAUUUGCGGAUUAGAUGGUCUUAGCGAGGACGAACUUCGAGUUCAUACGCAUACCGCCCAUGUAGAAGGUUGUGGUGUUUGCCCUUUUUGCGAACUGACUGCAGUGAGCCCUGCAGAGCUUAUUAUCCACGUAAACCAAGCUCAUUUAGACUUUUUAACGCCCGAAUCUGAACAGAAUAUAAGCUUUAUUGAUGAUACUAGUCCUAGUGAAUUGAAUGGGUUUACUGACGAACAACACUGGAAUAAUCCAGGAACGUAUUCAAAUAAAGAUAGACCGGAAAGCAAAGUCAGCGUUUCAAACAUAAAUUUGAGCCCAAAAGUAAAUGGCGGUGGAGAGAUAAGUCCUCAAAAUUCUAGCCAUGGUCAGGGAUCUCCAUUGCGUUCUAAUUUAGCUCUAAAGUUGAAAAGUUCUUCGCAAAUUUUACAAUGUCCUAUGUGUAAUUAUACAAGUAAUAAUCCUAAUGAUUUGGAAGAACAUGUUAAUAGACGACAUUUUGAUUUAACAUCACCCUCCGUGGGAGCGAGCACCACCUCCGAGGCCUUUUCAUGUCCAUUGUGCGUUAAGACGUUUGCCUUAGCACCCGACUUGGAACUCCACGUCAAUAUCGAACAUAAAGAUGUCCUAUCGCCUGCCAGUCCGGCCAUUUAUGCUUGUCCAGUUUGCGGAAUUGCCUUAGAUAAAGAAGCUAAUAAUGAAGCUGCUCAGCAGCACGUUGAGUCACAUUUUCUUGCCAGUUCGCCCCAGCCUUCAGACAGGGCUGCGCUACGCGAAAGAGAAAAGCGAGAGUAUGAAAUGCUUCGAGCUCAAUAUGGAAUGGAUAAUCAGGGUAAUUUUCGCGAGCAGUCUGUUACCAAUAUGCAGCGUGCGGUUUACGCUGGUGAAAUGAGCGUAGCCGACUAUUACGAGCGCCAGUUGGACCUAAAAGCAGCCGAGAGUUGUGGCGUAGAUGACGGCAGUUCAGUCACCAGAAGCAUGGUUCCUAGAGUUAAAGCGACAAGCAACAACGCUUCCAACGUAGUGCGUAACUUAUUGUGCACCUCUGUGGACCACUACGCUUCAUCUUACGGCGACAAGGGCUGGGGGUGCGGUUAUAGGAACAUCCAGAUGAUCAUCUCCAGUCUGUUGACCCACACCGGCUACAACGAGCGCCUGUACAAGCUGUGGCACAAAGAGAAACCGCCUAGGAGCGCCGUUCCGAGCAUAUCACGCUUGCAGAGCCUCAUAGAGGAAGCAUGGUCUCAGGGAUUCGAUAUUCAGGGGUCUGAACAGUUGGGCUGUAGACUAGUCAACACUAGAAAAUGGAUCGGAGCUACCGAGGUAGUUACGCUCCUUUCGUUUCUGCGAAUUCGAUGCCAGCUGGUUGAUUUCCACAGACCUACUGGACCGAGAGGAUCCCAUCCGGAGCUCUUUAAAUGGGUGUGGAAUUAUUUCGAGAGCGCCGCCGCUGGAGAAUUUACGCCUCCGUUAUAUCUACAACAUCAAGGUCAUAGUAGGACAAUAAUGGGUAUCGAAUUGCACAGAGACAGCAGUCUUGUGCUUCUGGUGUUGGAUCCUAGUCACUCCCCCCAAGAGGUAGCCCAACUGGGGGACACAAGUAAUUCGACUAGCUCCCUACGUCUCUUGAGAAAGAACGAGACUACCAUGAAGGCGAAGCAGUACCAAAUCGUAGCGGUGGUUGGUACCAUCGAUAACGAGCAACAAUAUCAGGCUAGCAAACUACUUUGGGGUACAAGGAUACCGCAGGAACGGUGAGGUUAGUGGCACCCUCCUCCCCUCUACGAAAAUCAACAUUUCCGCUCUACAGAGUGUUUCCCACGAGACUUUUAUCUUUGUUCUACCACCUUUGCUGUUCAAAAAAUAUAUCCAGAUUACUGAUAGCGAAGUGUGUAUACCGGCGCGUUUGUAUACGGUCUCUUUGAAUGUUCCGGCUUCUAAAAAGUCUACUCACAGCUUAUUUAAACAUUUGACCGAAUGAUAUUAGAUUUAAAUAAAUAAAUCGUUUCACUAAGCGAUUGAUAUUACACAACGACUGUAAAUGUAUUAAGAUUUUCACGAAAUCUCAGUUUGAUUUGAAGUUUGCUCUACCUCAAUUUCUAUCUUUCGUCAAAAACCGUAUGAUCGAAAAAAACGGCGUCCAGUUGGCUUGCAAAUGAACAUCGAUGACAUUAUCCAUAUAAUUUUAUAUGUAAAAUGACAGCGAUCCUCAUUUCAUAGCGAUCGCUGACGCCGUUUUUUUCGAUCAUAUAGUAUUUUAGUUUUAAAUCAUCCUGAAAUCUAAUCUUAUUCGAUCAUAUACGAUUUUAUGUUUGUAUCUGUCGAUAUUUUUAUGGGCAUUAGCUGCUUUCCAUUAGCUACUCUUAUUUGUUUGAUUAUGUAGAUCAAUUAUUUAUUAAAAAUUUUGAGUUCUACUAGGGCCACAUCUGUAAAGUAUGUCCAACGAGUCGGGGAAUAUUUUGACAGAAUAGUCUAAGAGCAUAACUAAUAACUCUACAUAAAAAAACCUUAUCAUCGUUACAUGGCUAUUUUUUUAGGUGAGGUAUCCUUUUGUGUAGCCAUUACGAAAUAGUCAUGUCUGCCAGCGCGAUCCCGGUGCUUAAAGCGGGGGCGACCAA